ACUCACAUGACAGCGUUGACAUUAAACGCAGGAGAGCAGGAUUGUCAGACAUCCUGUCAGAUUUCAGAAUAAAGUCUCUUCUACCAGUGAUACUGAACCCGAGCUUUUCUACUCGCCGACAUGUCUGAUGCUAUUAAAAAUGUGGCGAUUUUCGGCAGCACGGGAAUGACAGGGUUAGCGACCUUACCGAUCGCAGUGUCCUCAGGUUACAAUGUGACCGUGCUGGUGAGAGACCCGGCUAGGCUUCCAGCAGACCAUAAGGCUUCCAGGGUGGUAGUAGGAGAUGUUCUGAACAAAGAUGAUGUUAAGAAGACUUUGGAGGGUCAGGAUGCAGUCAUCAUAAUAUUGGGGACAAGGAAUGAUCUUAAUCCUACAACAAUGAUGUCUGAGGGAACACGGAACAUACUGGAGGUCAUGAAGGGCCGCGGAAUACGCAAAGUUGUUGCAUGCAUGUCAGCAUUUCUGCUGUGGGAUCGCUCCAAAGUUCCUCCUCGCCUUGUGCCAGUCACUGAAGAUCAUGACCGAAUGCACGCUGUUUUAAAAGAAUCAGGACUGGACUAUGUAGCAGUCAUGCCUCCACACAUUGCUGAUGACAAACCACUAACAGAGAAAUACACGGUGACUGAGAACAUGUUGAAAGGGAGAGUUAUCUCCAAACAUGACCUGGGCCAUUUAUUUGUCAAGUGUCUUUCCACUUCUGAAUGGGAUGGAAAAACAAUUGGAGUUUGUGGAGAAUAUAGCUAAUCUAUCCAGUCCUUUGUUUGAAUGCACCCUCUGAUCAUUAAGAUUUUUUUACAUAAACGCUGACCAGCAAUAAAUUUACUUAUAGUUAAUCAUUAACUUCCUCAAACAUGUAAGAUUUUAAGAUACUUGAAUAAUGAAUUACUUUACUUACUUGAUUAAGAUAAAAGGAUAGCGUUCUGCAACAAGUUCUGCCAAUUUUUGCUAUUUUGUAGUUACAGAAAAAAUAUUUGUUGUUUAGAGAAUUUAUAUUUUUUUGAUUUGCCUUAAGAAACAUUACUGGUCUGACAAUGUUGAAGUAAUUUCUAAUCUUGUUAAAUAAAGUCAGGCAUUCUCAACA